AUGACAGUUUUUAUUUUCAAAUCUUCGUUUUAUAGUUCGCCGAAAUAAAUCAUCUGUUUUUUUAAAUAAAAUGGCAAAGAGAAUAUCUGCGAGUGCUAUAAAAUGGAAGGAGUUAGAAAAGAGAGUGCCACCUGAGCAAUCAGCAAACUUUUUUGCUUUCAAGGGAAAAUCUGAGGGAUAUUUGCGCCGCAUGCUAGCGAGUCCUGCGGAGCCACCUAAGAUAAACUGGGAUCAGUAUAAAAAAUUGGUUCCCGUACCAGGGCUUGUGGAAAAGUUUCAGUCUCAAUAUACAUCAUUGAAGAUCCCUUACCCAGAGGAUAAGCUGAGUGCUUCAGUCGACAAACAGUGGGAAGAGUUGAAGCCACAGAUCGCGAAGUUCAGUGAAGAAAUGAAGAAGCUAAUAGAAAAGAGUGAAGCAGAAAUAAAGAGAAUAAAUGCUUUACCGAAAUUCGAAGAUAUGACCAUGGAAAUGGUGCGCGAAAGAUUUCCUGAAAUCGCUUUAGAUCCUGUGGGCAAGCCUACUUUCUGGCCACAUAGCGACGAUGAGCAACUGGGAUAUGUGGACCCGACUCAAAAAAUAGGCAAAUAACAAUCUCAGCUCUAUGUACUUACUUUAAUAUUCAAGACGUGAACUUAUCUACAUCUUGAUGUCUAUUUUGACUUUAAAUACAU